UAUUGGCGGUGCGCGCGCUAUUCGCUUCUUACCGCUCCUCUUGCCCAAUACUCACUUGACGUACUUACCGUUUCCUCCGUAUUGUAUAUCAUUCUCUAUACCCCCGUCACUUUUCAUUCUGCCUUCCCGCACGUCGCUGUUGGGGAAGAUGAGGUCAUCCGAUAAUGCAUCUUUAUUUGCCGCUGAUUCCAAGAGUAAAAAAUCAUAUCCUUGUGUUAUCUUCCCGGCAGCCGGCUUACUUUGUGUUGUCACGUUCGUUACAAGUUCAUUUUUUGCAGAAGGCUGCAGAGAGAAAUUAAUAGGAUGGAGAACGCAUAAUGCUCUUCAAAGUUUGGAAACUGACAAAUGCAAGAACCAGUGCAGACCCAGAGGAAGUGAGACAUUACCUCAAGGUAUAGUCUCCAAUACUUCGGAUUUCAAGAUGCGACGUAUAUGGGAUCCUCCGGGAAGAAGUCGCGUCAAAAUGGAUAUUAAGGCAAAUAUGUCAACCAAUUUGUUUGCGGUGACAGUAGGGAUAAAGCAGAAAGAUCUUGUGAGCAAAAUGGUCCAAAAGUUUCUAGCAAGUGAUUUCAUUGUGAUGCUCUUCCAUUAUGAUGGUAUUGUUGACAAAUGGAAGGGUUUUGAAUGGAGUGAUCAAGUGAUUCAUGUGUCUGCCAUUAAUCAAAGUAAAUGGUGGUUUGCCAAGCGUUUCUUACACCCUGACAUAGUUGCAGAUUAUGGAUAUAUUUUCCUUUGGGAUGAGGACCUCGGAGUUGAAAAUUUCCAUCCUGAUAAGUAUGUUUCUAUCAUCAAAAGAGAAGGGCUGGAGGUAUCACAACCUGCACUUGAUCCUAAAGAAUCAGAAGUACAUCAUCAGAUUACUGUACGUGGGAAGUCAGAAGUUCACAGAAGGACAUACAAAGCUGCUGGCAGUGGUAAAGGGUGUGAUGAUGACAGUACUGCUCCUCCUUGCACCGGGUACAAGUUUCUUGCUGUAACCUCACAGGAACCUUUUGUUUUAUUAUUUCUAGUUGAAGAAAGACCAAGUUUUUGCUUUAGGUGGAUAGAGAUGAUGGCUCCUGUUUUCUCUGGAGCUGCCUGGCGCUGCGUUUGGUACAUGAUCCAGAGUGACUUGGUCCAUGCAUGGGGACUAGAUAUCCAGCUUGGCUAUUGCGCGCAGGGUGACCGAACCAAAAAUGUUGGUGUUGUGGAUGCCGAAUACAUAGCCCACUAUAAUCGCCCCACUCUUGGAGCUUCACUAGACGAGAAUACUGAGGUUUCAUCUCAGGCUAAGGAUCACAGAGUUGAUGUGAGAAGACUGUCGUUUCGCGAAUUGCGCGAAUUUAGAAAAAGAUGGAAAGCGGCAGUGGAGCGGGAUGAAUGUUGGAAGGAUCCAUUUAAAUAAUAAAUAGCGAACGCAACAUCUUGUUUCAAAUUUUCAAAAACAAAUACCCAUCUGCUUUCCGGAAACAGAAGCAGAACCAAGUUAAGCGGCAGUUAUAGCUUCUGUUGUACAUGUCAAGAGACAAGUUUAGGGGAGAGAAGUGUUGUAAAUCUGCGGGUACGCGUUUUUACCUUAUGUUUCAGCUGAUACCUUGUUUCCGUCAUAUUUCUUAUGUAAAUAUUGAAUGACAGACUACGCAAUUUUAAUUGAUUUGAAGCACUAA